GCGCCUGUAACUGUCAACAUGACGUGAAUGAAAUUAUUUCGUUAACAGGUUUACUGAUGUUGGGAUCCAUUCUGUCUUUUAUAUCACUUAUGCUGUUGGUUAUGUCAUUUGCCAGUCCACAUUGGCUGGUCUCUUGGCAAGACACAUACAGCCCGUUCAAGAACAUGGGUCUCUGGGAGUUUUGUUUUAGCAGAUUCCGUUACCCAAACUACCAAUUUGAUGACCUCGUUGAUGGUUGCCACUAUGUCUUCAGCAAGACAUACUUUGUGAUUUGGGAAUGGUUGCUGCCAGGUUGGCUGAUGGCAGUGCAGGCUUUUAUGACGCUGGCCUUGAUAUUUUCCUGCUCUGCCCACAUUGCCUCAACAAUGCUUCUUGUUCGUUGGCCGCUCAACUUCACAUUCCGAUACCAGUGGCAGAUCCUGUCUGCCUGUGCACUAAUGAAUGGUUUGAAAUCCUUUUGCCUCUUCCUGUCGGUGGCUGUCUUUGGUGGACAAUGUUGGAGACGUGACUGGAUGCUCUACCCAAAUUUCAACUACCUCUCUUGGUCGUACGCGUUUGCCGUAAUCGCCAUGUUCAUCGGAAUGGCUGCCACAGCCAGUUUCUACUUCGACGCCAAGAGGACAGUGGAACGCAAGAAAGCCAACAGCAAUCUAGUUGUUCAGAUGCAAUCACACGGCAGCCAGAUUUACAUCUGAAAAUGUGUGCCUCACUCUCAAAUAUUUGGGCUACAAACAGUUGCAACUGGGAAUCUCUUUAUCCAUCAUUCCGUUCCACAAUGUCACCUCCGUCCAUUGCUUAAAUUUAAAUCGUUGAGUGAGCUGUAAUGUUUCUCUUUUUUUUUAAAUGUAAAGUAGUUUUACCAGAAACUUGUUUGGGGUCUUACCUGGAACUCUGGUAGAGCGGCAGAGGUCAAGGAUGUAGUCCAUGGUCGUUAAUUCGAUGUUUCCGUCCAUAAUGAGCAAACGACAGUUGGCUAUGUCCCCCUCGUACUGCCUCACCUUUUUUUUUUAUUACAAGUUGACGAAAAUAGAUUGGAUCUUUUAAAUAA